CGAGCUCGGUCUCUCCCUCUCUCUCUCUCUCAGUGCUCGCAGUGUCCAAAGAACUAUCCAAACCAGAGAGGAACCAUGUCUGCCAUGUACGGAGGAUCAGCCCUCCUCUCCGCAGGCUCAACCUCUCUCCCUCCCAAGUCCCAAGCCCUUGCUCCGAUACCCUUCUCCGCCUCGAGGCCCGCGCCGUCUCUUUCCUGCUCCGCCGCGAACGCCGCUCCUCGCGCUGCCUCGAGCUCGAGGAUCGUUUCGGUGUCGCGGAGCAUGGAGAUGGCGAUGCCACCGCCGACGCCUUACGGUGCUGCGGCCUCAGGAUUGUCCAGUAAAAGUUAUGGAGUGCCUCACAAGUUGGACAUGAAUGAUUUAUAUGAUUCCAAUUUGAGUCGUGGUGCAAUAGAAGCCAAAAAGGGUAACCCUCCUGUAAUGCCUGCAGUAAUAACUCCUGGAGGGGCACUGGACCUCUCAUCUGUGUUAUUUAGAAACCGCAUAAUUUUCGUUGGGCAGCCAGUCAACUCACAGGUGGCUCAGCGGGUUAUAUCACAGCUUGUGACUCUUGCAACCAUUGACGAGGAUGCAGAUAUACUGAUGUAUCUGAAUUGCCCCGGUGGAAGCACAUACUCAGUGUUGGCAAUUUAUGAUUGCAUGUCUUGGAUAAAGCCAAAGGUUGGUACAGUUUGUUUUGGAGUGGCAGCAAGCCAAGGGGCACUUCUUCUUGCUGGUGGAGAGAAGGGAAUGCGUUAUUCGAUGCCAAAUGCACGGAUCAUGAUACAUCAGCCUCAAAGUGGAUGUGGGGGCCAUGUUGAGGAUGUUAGGCGCCAAGUGAAUGAAGCAGUUCAAGCCCGCCAUAAAAUUGACAAAAUGUAUGCUGCUUUUACUGGUCAACCCCUUGAGAAAGUGCAGCAGUACACAGAGAGGGAUCGUUUCUUAUCCGUUUCUGAGGCCAUGGAAUUUGGACUCAUUGAUGGAGUUCUGGAGACAGAAUACUAGUCUCAAGAGUGAGGCCUGGCCAUUCUUUUCGAAUACAGAAGUUUCUCCAAGCAUUUGUGGCGCAAAUUGUAGGAUAGAGGUAGUGAACGAGGAGGGAUUGACUGCUGCCUGUAGAAGUGCAUUGUAGAUUAUUUUUGGAUGUUUUUGUUAGUCAUACUGUCGUACAUUUAAUCCUACAAAGCAUAAGAAGGCAGGCUCACCGGUUCUGUA